AGAGAAGAUUUAGGUUUUGCCGACCCCGGGACAAAGCUCGCUAGCAUGUCUCUGGUGCACUAUGGCGGUCCCCAAAAUACAGCUGGCAUGCGACUUGGUAGGUGAAGAAUUUGGCCUACCCACUCGCAUCGUGUGCAGCACCUUGAUGGAGAGGGGCGAGUCGACCUUGGACGAAAUCGUCAAGUUCUCCGGUCUAGAGAGGCUGUUGGUUUGCGACUGUCUAUUGAGCGGAAUUCAACACAAUUACAUCGUAGUGAAAGAAAACUACAAGCACAAUCCAGUUCCCGCUCCCUCGGACGACGUCCACGCUCGAGACAUCGUGAUCUACAAGUACAGCGUCCUUAUAGGCAACAUUUUGAUUCGAAUCAGAUUUUCCCUGUACACCUUGCAAGCUCGCGACAAGUUGGGAUUCUAUGCCGAAAAUAUCAUCAGUCAGCUGCUGCUCUUCGGCCGCGCGAACAUCAGCACGCUGCUCUCCUACUUGGUAGAUCCGCAACGAAACAAGGCCGAACAGACCUUGGCCUAUCUCGAUGCCUUCAAGCGUCUCAAAGAUAGCAAAUACAUCGUCCAGGUCAUGGGCAAUGACUCGGACUCUCAGUCCUUAUUGAGCAAGAACCCAUCCGAAAACCUCGACGUCUGGAACCGCGAUGUUCUCAAUUCGACUACCCAACCGCCUCAAAAAAGAAAAAUGUCCUCCAGAAAGACAGAGAAAAAAUCCUCGCCUUCUUCGGAACCAGCCGCGAAGAGAUUCAAACAUUCAUCCUCCGCGGAGCACGUUUUGAGUACUGCACCAGAGUUCUUUCUCUAUCAAGAAGCCAAUGCUGCAAACGACGGUGCCAAUUCGCAGCAUCUCGGCCAAGACACAGAAUCCAUCAACCUAAAUCAACUAGCGAACUCCUUUCAUCAACUCAGCACCGAACCGGGCUUCACCGACCAACAAACCCCUGUCUCAGCCAAUGUGAACCUCCCGAGCACCAUGCAAAACGUUCAGGCCCUAAUGAACCUCGAGAAAGAUGAGUCUCGGUGGUGCGUCAACUACAAUCGGUUCAACUUCGAAGCGUGCAAGGACGCCUGCAUCCAACUCGUAGCCCAAAAAAUCGACAUCUCGGCCUCCGAAAUCAUAAAAGAAAUGUUUGAAAUCAACGAAUCCAGUCGCCUGAUUUCCGAAGAAAGGCUGUUCAACAACUUGACAAAUCCAGAGCGCUCGGAAAAAAACCCCGCAACCAACCAAAUCACGAAACAAUGUCUCAAAAACUACCUCGAUCUCAUGACUAGAUGUAGCUGCGACUUCCUCAUUCAAGUCCAACCCUCUAUCUUCACCAUCAACCUGUCCGGUAUCGUGCAAGUACUAAAACAGAACAUGGUCGAAUCCAUCAUUCUAAGCAAGUUCGACCGAGACGGACUGCGGAUCUUUCGGCUGCUCCGAAUAAAGAAGCUCCUUGAACAAAAGCAAGUGUCCGAGAUGGCUAUGAUCCCCAUCAAAGAAACUCGAGAUUGCCUGUACAAAAUGCUUUCUCAAAACUACGUUCAGCUUCAAGAAGUACCGCGAACCAGCGACCACCGAGCCGACAAAAUGUUCUAUCUCUGGAACGUCCGGUGGGACCACGUAAUGAACCUGCAAACUUGCGAAAUCUACAAAAUCAUGCGAAACCUCCGGCAUCGCCUUCGCUAUACACUUCAGAACCACGCGGAUCUGAUCAACAAAAAGAAAGAAGAAGAGCGCAUUUUCUCGGCCCUCGGCAUGUACGACAAGCACUACGAAAUUUUAACUCCAAGCGAAAGACAGACUUUAGAAGAGCUAACAACCAUCCAAGAGCGACUGGAAAUUUCACUCAUCCACCUCGACGAGACCUUGAUGACGCUGAUCCAUUUUUAGAAAUUUCAGCUAUCUCAAACGCGCCCCCUUGUCUCAAAUGCACUAUGUCCCAUACACCCUAAUAAAAAGCCAAGCGAAACAAGCCUCUGCUUCCUUCUAUCAAUUCGGCCGCA